AGGGGGAGGCAGUCGGCUGCAAGCCGUCGGAAAGGCGGAAGUGCGCCACAAGGCGAGCGACGAACCGCGAGAGAAAUAAAACAAAAGCGCGGUGCGCUCCGUGGGCCGCGCUCCAUUCCAGACUGAUGCGGCGGGCGAGGUCGCGGCUGAGGUAACGGAGGACGCGCGCCCGCACCGGAGAUCCGGCGGCCAUGGAAUUCCAGCAGUUCGUCGACAUCGCGGACAAAUGGUGCUACAACACCCCGUUCGAGCUCAUCGCCACUGAAGAGGCCGAGAGCCGCCUGGAUUUCUACGCGGAUCCCGGCGUUUCUUUCUAUGUCCUGUGCCCAGACAGCGACUUCAGGGAUAAUUUUCAUGUGUGGAGUGAAAGUGAAGACUGUCUACCAUUCCUACAGUUGGUACAAGAAUACAUCUUAUCCUGUGGGAAGAAGACCCUCUCUGAAGUACUGGAAAAAGUCUUCAAGUCAUUCAAACCUUUGCUGGGUCUCCCAGAUGUGGAUGAUGACGCAUUUGAAGAUUACAAUGCUGAUGUCGAAGAGGAGGAGCCUGAAGCAGACAGCCAGCAUAUGAGCGUCAGUCAACAGUAAAUGUGUGCAGAGCAGAAUUAGCUUCCAUUAAGUUCAGUUAUUUUAUUGAUGGAUGGCCCUCAUUUGCUCAUUCCUGAUCAAUGAACAGCUUUAUUUCGAUCAAAUUCAAAUAACAUACCUAAAUCAUAUUUAGUUUGUUCUGUACAUAACUUAAUGUUCAUCAUUUUCUCAAGUUAAAAACUGUAAGGAAAUGUGACAUAUGGUAUGGAGAUCAAUGUACUAAACUGGCUUUUGAGGAAAAUAAAAUUCACUGUAUGGUCAUUCCUACGUUGAGGAGGUAAGGUUACAGUAAUUUAUAGUUAGUUUUUUUUUGAAGUUGGCCUUUUGGCUUUUUAAGAAGUUUUUUUAAAGGAUUGAUUAAUCCAUUCAUUUAAUUCAAUUUUAAAGCUGUUCUGACCAAUCCCCUGUCAAAAUAUUGCAAUGUUGUCAUAAGGAUUGUUUACUGGAAAAUUUAGAUUGGUACCUGGAAUUGCAUCGGUUUUACAGCACAAAGUGUUGGCGCUGGUAUUUUGUUCCAUAUGUGCCCUACUUUAUGUAAACCAAUCUGCCUAUCAUUCCAUUUAUUGUGGCAUAAUUUGUAUUUCAAACACCAUCUUGAUAACGUAAUUUAAAAGAUAUUGAUUGUGUUUAUUUAAGUGGUUACCCAACAAUAAAUUUGAAAGAAAGCAACGAAUUGUGAUGAGUCUGGAGAAUAACUCUUUGAUUUAGACUUCACUUAAGUUUUCUUCAGGUAGUUUUAUAGUGAUUAUUUGAUUAAAAUGUCCUUGAGGACACUUUAAUUAAACUGCAACACUGACUUAGAACUGACAUCUGCUUGCAUAAGUUUGUUACAUAGCAAAAUCAAAAGAUGAGCUGUUAUGUAGAAGCCUGAGAGCAUUACUGUUUUCUGCUACAGCUGUAUGUACUGCGGAUACUGUAUGCUGUACUGCAUUAAUUAUUGCUUGGCUUUUAAUGCACUGCAGUCUAUUGGGUACUUUACUGAUUUACUUCCUGUACAUCUUAUAGACAAUACAUUGACAGCUAUGACAUUUCCAGUUGUAGAUGAAAAAUGGCAGUCUUUAGGUCUGUGUGUUAUUAGAAAGAGCUGUAAAUUUGCUUUUAGUUGGAGGAAGACAGUAAAGUGUAUGAAAGAAUUUUAAAAAAAACAUAAUGCUCAUUGAAUAAUGGGUGUGUUAUUUGGUAUAUUGUAAGUGGUAAAUUGUAUUGUAUCUGGCCUGUGGAUCUUUUGUACUGUAUGUCUAUAUAUUAUAAAACAGAAUGGCUUGUGUAAUCCUAGAACAUUUGAGAUUGGGAGAAAAAAUAAUGUAUUAAGUUGCCUUUCAGUAAACUGAUGGUUUAAAGCAAGUCAGUGUAUUCAUCUGCCUGCAAUUGGAGUUCUUAUUGACUUAGGUAAGGCAGACUGUGGAGAGUAGUGGUGUUUAAUGUAAAUAUUCUGUUCUACAGUAUAUGUACUGUACAGAUAAUCGAAGUAAACCUUGGUCUGUACUCUGUGAACAGUACCCAGUGUUUUAAUGUUAUGACAGUUGAGCAUUCUGUUUUUUUGCAUUGCAAAGAGGGAAGUCCACUGUUGAUAGCUGUUGAGUUGCACCACUUAAAUGCAUGGCUGCUUGAUAUAGAAGGUAUUUAAAUUUUGGUAGUUUAUAUAAAAUAAAACAACUUCAUAGUUGAUACGUCAUGGUCUUUUGCAGUCUGCAGCAUGUCAUUUAUAGAUACCUCAAUGCUUUUGUUGACCUAUCAGUCUAGGUUUAUAAAUGCUUUAAAAACAAAUUGGACCGAUGAAUUUCUCUAAUAUAAAUUAACUGUUUGAAAUUAUAUUGGAUUUAACAAAAGGUAAUAUUACAUUGGUUAUCUCUCCUUUUAGAUUGAUUAAAGCAUUACUUUUAUGUAUUUAGACUGAAUUUGUAUAGCACAUGUUUUUGUUUUCAAUAGUUAUGAUGGUUAACAAAAGGCUCUGUACUUUAACAUGCUCAACACUAAAUAUGCUGAAAAUAAAUUAUUCAAACAUUGCUA